AUGAGAAUACAGACAUCGCUGAAAACCUGUACCAGAAAGUUAAAAUUCUUUGUUGGGUUAUGACGGGCCCUCAAAAUCUAGAGAAAAAGGCCAAACAUGUCAAAGCUACAUGGGCCCAGCGUUGUAAUAAAGUGUUAUUUAUGAGUUCAGAAGAAAACAAAGACUUCCCUGCUGUGGGAUUAAAAACCAAAGAGGGUAGAGAUCAACUAUACUGGAAAACAAUUAAAGCUUUUCAGUAUGUUCAUGACCAUUAUUUAGAAGAUGCGGAUUGGUUUUUGAAAGCAGACGAUGAUACAUAUGUCAUACUAGACAAUUUGAGAUGGCUUCUUUCAAAAUAUAGUCCUGAAGAACCCAUUUAUUUUGGGAGAAGAUUUAAGCCCUAUGUGAAGCAGGGUUACAUGAGUGGCGGAGCAGGAUAUGUACUAAGCAAAGAAGCCUUGAAGAGAUUUAUUGAUGCAUUUAAAACAGAAAAGUGCACACAUAGUUCUUCCAUUGAAGACCUAGCUCUGGGAAAAUGCAUGGAAGUUAUGAAUGUAGAAGCUGGAGAUUCCAGAGACACCACAGGAAAGGAAACUUUUCAUCCCUUUGUACCAGAACACCAUUUAAUCAAAGGUUAUCUACCCAGAACCUUUUGGUACUGGAAUUAUAACUAUUAUCCUCCUGUAGAGGUAAGUUUGGAAAUUUUAUUACUGUAUAAGUACUUGAGACUAUUUACUUUGUUGACUUUUUAAAAAUAACAAACUAGCUAGUAUGUUUAUGUUUCUUUAGUAUCAAUAAGCAGAAGUCUCCCUUAGUAUUUUUGUAUGGCAGUAUAACAGCAAACGAGAAUGGGAAUCCGCAGUAGUCAUUUAACCAGUGUCUCUUGAUACUGCUGUAUGCCAGGCAUUGACAGUGUAAAAGCAAAUACAGUCAAGCUUCAGUUCUUGAGAACUGAAUAUUCUGGAUGGGGAAAUACACCAUUAGC